CCAGAACCCCACUACAGCUUCUUUGCUCGUGUGAGCAUCGCCUAUGCUUGGAACCUCGAUGGUAGAACCACCUGCACUCACAUGCCCCUUCUCUCCUCCUCCGCAUCCUACUCCUCCGCUCACUCCCCUAACCCCCUCCACAUCUCCCUCACUGAGUUUCCCCACCGCGAUCACCUUUUAGAAUCACUCACACCCGUGCUGAGAGUCAUGGCGAGCACACUGAGGGAGCUGGUGGAGGCACACUUAGCUAAGCACCAGGACUCGGUGCAGGAAGAUGCCAUGUCGCUGUACUAUGUGCCCUUCUGCCGGGUGUGGCAACGAGAGGGAGGGAAGCAACCAGAGAAGAUUGUGAGGAUCUGCGAGCCGUGGAUGAUGACGGGGCUGGAGGAGGUGGAGCACGUGAUCCAGCACCACCUCAACCACAAGCAGCUCCUCGUGGAGGCCUCUGAUUGGCUCCUGCUCUCCUGCGACCCGCGCUUCGACCUGCACCUGGGGAGGAGGGAUCAAGCGGAGAGGGACGAGAGGAGCACAUGGCAAGGGGAGGGGGAGGAGAGGGCGAGAGAGAGGGGGGCGGGUUUCAUUUCUUACGACCAUCGUGACGUCGCACCCUCCGUGGAUAACACCUCAGACCCCUCUACUGCCACCAAUGCCACUUCCAAGCCACGAGUCAGGCGCCAAAUGAGCAUGCUGGCAGGGAGGGACCUCCGGGAGGGUGAGGUGCUGCUGACCAUUCCCCAGUCACUGUGGGUCACAGCCGAGGUGGCUGCGGAGGAGAUGCCGCCCCACACAGGCCCUGUGGACAUCCACCUGGCCAUGGCAGCAUGGCUGUUGCGGGAGAAAGCGAGAGGCAGGCAGUCCGAGUGGUGGCCGUACAUUGACAUGCUGCCGCCCUACGUGCCGCUGCCAUACCGCUUCCGCAACGAGUCCCUAGAUGAGGCACAAUCGGCCUUUGUGAAGCAGCUGAUCUUUGACCAGCGGGCGAUGGCCCGGCUAGAGUACGACCAAGCCCGCCCGCCCGCCCUGGCGUUCGCCUCGUUCGACGACUACCUCUGGGCGCACUCCAUCCUGGACUCGCGGGCCUUUGGUGUCCCGGGGAAGGAGAUCAAAGGCAUGGACAUCUCGGUCGCCACAGGGGUCAGCAAGGGUGGGAGAAGCAAGGGGAGCAGGAAGGGGGACGAGGACGGCGAGGAGGCUGAGAAGGGGAGGAGGAGGAGGGACAGUGAGAGUCGCCUGCGGACGAUGGCGAGUGCACCGGACGAGCUGGUUGAAGCGAUUAAUGAGGCGGUGGGGGUGCUGAAGGAGUCAAACCGUCGGGUCGUGCGCGGCAUGCCCAUGGCUCUCAUCACUGCGGCUGAAUUGUUGGACCACCAAGUGAAUUCGUCCAUCCAGUACAACAUCACCGAAGUGUUCCAAUACACACCGAUUUUCAAUAUCUCAGCAGGCUCAGAGCUGUCGACCUCGUACGGCCCCAAGACCAACGACCAGCUGCUCUGCACCUACGGCUUCGUGCUGGACCCCAACCCCUUCGACGGCGUGCCCCUGUUCGAGAAUCUCACAGAGGCCAUAGGCGUGGUGGCAGCCUUGCUGGCCAAUGGGGGCAGGGCGAGGGGAGGAGGAGGAGCGAGUGAGAUAGGGAAGGGAGGGGGGGAGAGUGGAGGAAGUGAGAGUGGAAGGAAGGUGGGUGGAGGAGAGGGGGAAGUAAAGGGGAAGGGGGAGAGGGAGGGAGAGAGGGAGGUUUAUCCGGGGGAGGUGGAGCUGGUGAGGGCUCUGGAGGGGAUCUGGCUGACUGAGGAAAGACCUGCAGCAGCGGCUGCUGAAGGUGGCGGUAGCAGUAGUGGUGGUGAUGGCAGCAGUGGCAGCAUCAGCACCAGCAGCAGCGACAGUGGCAAGGAGCAUGCCAAGAGCGCAGCAGCUGCAGGGACAGCAGGCACUCCCCUCAGCAGCAUAACUGAACCCUCCCUGGGAGAAAGGUCACCCGGAGCACUCUCUAGCGCUUCAGAGACCCCUCAGAUGGGAUUUUCCAGCCAAUAUUCGCCCGCAGGGAAGUCGGGCAAGGCUCUGUACAGGGAUCUGCUGAGGGUGGCGGGGAGGGCGGUGGAGGCGGUGGUGGAGGAGGCGGAGGAUGGGAAUUACACGGAUGCGCUCAAGAUGCCGCAGUUCAAUGUGAAGCAGCGCGUGGAUGACGCCGCGUGGAGGCGCUUGGGGAGGAGAAAAGGAGGGCGUGAGAGCCGUGGGGAGGAGUCAGAGGAGGUUGAGGGGAAGAGGGGUAAGGAGAGGGAGUUGGGCGUGCAGCAAGAGGUGUCGGUGUGGGCGUAUGGAGUGGUGGAGCCCACUCUGCUGGCGUCGCUGGCGGCCACGUGGCACCUUGUGCACUACGAGCAAGAGCCCCACUACGCUGACCUGGCGCUGGGCUCUGUGCUCUACAGCUGGGACCUAUCCGGAAACAGAACCUGCCUGCACGUCCUGCCAAACUACUCCACCCUCAUGCCGGCCGUGGUCGCCGCGGCCGACACCAUUCGUCUGCUAGCGGAGUACCGACUGGCUCGGUACCCCACCUCCGUGGAAGAGGACGACGCCGUGCUUCUGAAGCUGCAGUCCUGCCAAGCCUGGGGAAGAGGCUCGGUGGUAGGUUCGGCAAAAUCAGGGGAGGAUAAGCAGGGGAGGGAGGAGGCGGAGGAGAAGCAGGGGGAGAAGCAGGGGGAGAAGCAGGGGGAGAAGCAGGGGGAGAAACAGGGGGAGAAGCAGAGGGAGAAACAGGAGGGGAAGGAGGGCAGAGAGGAGGAAGAGCACGAGGCGUUUUCUGCGUGGUGCAGAUCGAUCUUACCUGCGGUGGAGGAGAGGAUGGUGAUGGUGCGGUACCGCAUGCACAAGAAGAAGGUGCUGCGCAGCGUGGUCUCCCGCCUCACACGCACCUGCAUCGAGCCCUCUCUGGUCGCUGCUCGAGCUCCCCCGGGUGCGGCUUUCCACAGCCCAGCUAAUUCGGUGGGUUUGAGUUCUUCCGAUGCUGCAAUUCAGGAGGCUUCUCCUACGCCUGUAUCGAACAAUGAACAAAUUGAGGUUCCUGCAGAUGAGAGCUCAUAAGUGCAUCUGGAAGCAGGGUACAUGCUGGAGGGCUUCAGCGAGCGUGUGUCCUUUGUGUGGGUGGGUGUCAUGUCAUAUCUAACGAACAGUGAAAUUGAUGAAUAGAGAGAGAGAGUACACAAACAUAUACCUAAAUGUUGUACUCUCUAGAAGAUAACCCUAUACAGUCUAU